UUCCUGCGUAUUGCUUGGGGAGGGAAGAGCAGAGCAGCACGUCAGCGCUUGCGAGCGGGCGGAGCGAGUGGAGGUGGCUGCUCGGAGCAGAAGCAAAGCGGCGGAGGCGGCGCGGAAGCUGUGCAAAGACUCGCCUGUCUGCCCGGUGAGAGAGGAUCAUGCAAAAUGGCAAAUCCUGAACUUGAUCCAGAUAUUUUCAAUCACAUCACGUUAUAUGGAGCUUAUGUCAGACCGUGUUGUGAACUGGUUCGUGCAAAAUUUGGAAGCUGUUCUUCAGUGAAAUAUAGACCAGGUGAAAUCUGUAAAAUAUGGUGUAGUAAACCAGUUUCUGAGCUGCACAAAUAUUGUGACAUGAUCAAAAUAUAUACCUUUUGGCCAUUUUUAUUUGCGCCUGGAUGUAAACACACAAAGAAAUGUCUUGAUUCCAGUGAUUGUGAAGUGGGCGAGCUGAAUCUGGAGAGACUAUAUGAAAUCGAGACAUUAGAAGAUGUAACUGAUAUAGCCAAAAAGUUUGCGGAUGUUCCACGUUUCAUCAAUGGCAUAUUGAAAAUUGGAGCUGAAAUAGACAAUAGAAUCUUCAAUAUUUAUGAUGCUCUUGACUGGAUAAAAUAUGCUGAUGACAUCGGUAUUUUACAGAAAUUAGAAAAGCUUGGAAAUUAUUGUUGGCCUUUCCUAGAAGUCUUCUUUGCUGAAUACAAGCAUCUCAUAAGCAAAAUUAUAUUGGAAGACUACAACUUAAUAGAAGCAUUUGAAUCUCAAAACUGUGACGGUUGUAUGAAGAAAAGUGAUCUCAUGAAAAAUUGGGGAAAUGAAGCAUUUGCUAAAGAGCAAUUUGAUAUUGCUGCCGCUUCCUAUACAAAAGCUAUAGAAUUAUGGCCUGAAAAUCACAUUCUUUAUGGCAAUCGGGCUCUCUGUUUUAUCCGAACUGGACAAUAUAAAAAAGCCCUGUGUGAUGGGAAGAGAGCCAUAAUUCUGAAGCCCAACUGGCCAAAGGGACACUAUCGAUUCUGUGAUUCACUCUAUCUCUUGGGGGAGCACAAAAAAGCACUAGAAGCAAAUGAGAAAGGCCAAGAGCUGUGCAGAAAUAAUCCUGAAGGAAUUAAGGAUCUUAUACAGCAACAUGAGAAAUUUAAAAAGCAAAUUGAUGAAAUGAGAGGUGUGAAACAAAAUAAACACAGAAUAAAGAAGGCAGUAGUUCAGAAAAAUUUUACAGAAUCUUCUUCAGUCAGUGCCCAGGAAUCAAAGAAAUCUGACAAUGAAAAGAAAACGCAGCCUGACAACAAUCUUGGUAAACAGAAGCAUACAAAGGUAGCAGCUAAUACCUUAACUAAAGAAAACAAAGAUCGUCUUUCAGAUAUUUCGUCAGGGCUGAGGGAAUAUCCAGGAAAAUCCAGGAGCAAAAUGAGUGACUUUGAAAAGACAAGAGAUGAGCUGAAUUCAAAAACUGAUUCUCAGAAAUGUCUGGAUAAACAGAAAGCUCCCUGUGGUACUGUGCAACAGGGGAGAAUAAUACUGUCGUUGAGGAGUACUGUAGAAGAUGGAUGUACAUCAUUGAUGGAUCAGCGCUUUCACAAUGCUGAACAAUCCUUUGCACGAUUGUUAAGUGUUCUAGAUCCAUCCAACCUACAGCCAUUGAAGUUUGCUGUUGUUGAUUAUGUCGUCAUCCUCUAUGGCUAUGCUACUGCUCUCCUUGGAAUAGGGCAGCCUGAGGAACUAACCAAAGCCAAAGACCAUUUCAGUAACAUAAUUGAGAAGUAUGAGAAAGUGAGAUUUGAUUGCUUAGCACAUUAUGGAAUUGGAAAAGUAUAUUUGAGACAAAAUAGGUUUUCAGAAGCUCUGGACCAGUUUUUGAAAUCAAAGACCAUGGUUAGUCAUAAGAUUAUGCCUGGUGUAUUGACGUGGCCUACAACUUCCAUAGUUAUUGAAGAGACAAGAACAGAAAAAUUUCAAGUUAUAUUGCAAGAUCACAUUGAAGAAUGCAGAUUUCCUCCAGCUCCACAUGCAGUUUGUCGCUACCAGCAGUGCCAAGCGCAGAAAAUAAAAAUCUAUUUUAGCGACCCAGAUUUCAAGGGUUUUAUACGUGUUACCUGCUGUGAACAAUGUAAAGUGGAGUUUCAUGUAAGCUGUUGGAAGAAGUUGAAAGCAGCAAGAUAUACAGAUAAAACUGAAAAGGACUUCCUUCGAGAGCUAUGUUUCACUCCAGAUUGUAGCGGUCUCAUUUCUAAUAUUGCUGUCUUCAGCUCCUCUGGUUUAAUCAAAUGUGAGUAUGAAGAUAAAAUAAAAAGCAAGAAUCCUCCAAGGCCCAUUGUUAAACAGGAAUGCACAAGUUCUAGGACCCUACAGAAAAAACAGGAGAGAAAAUUGAAGAGGAAAUUAAUGAAAGAAGACACAUUACUGUCACUAGGGAACUUUGCAGAAGUACUUCACACAGCAGACUCUAUAUCAAAUGAUGACAGUGAUAAAGGGAGCAGUGGUGGCCUUGUUCACAAGAAUUAUUUUGCUGGGGAUAGAGUCCUGCAGCUUAUUAUGCAGAAUUUUGAGAAAAUACGGAGAGGUGUACAUGAUGGCUUCAAACUUCUUAAUGAACUGUUUUCGUGGUGGGUAAUUAGCGAAGCGGACCACACACGGUUUUCAACAAACUGUGUAACCUCAGUUGAAGUAAUGGAUCAGAUUGUAAGCUCCGUAAUUGACAAAAAUAAUAGAGUGGCGACAAGAAUUUUUGUUCAUGUUUUAAGUGAGCUUGAAGAAGUGGAUCCUAGACUACACGACUUAAUGAAACAUCUUGAUAGUAAUGGUUUAAAAGCUACAAAACAGUUUUUUGCCAAGUAUGGAACAUGCAUCUUACAGCUUGAUCUUGACUUCAUAGCAGUGCUGUGGAAUGAGAAAUAUGGCAUUAAACUAGGCAGGGAGUUCACCUGCACGUCUCCAGAUAUGAUAGAUGAGCUAUCGUUGAUAGAACUUCGGUGUUUUUUAUGGCUCUUAGAAGAGAACAGAGAGAAUUUUCCAUCUCUCCUUCAAUACUUAGAUGACUAUUUUGAUAACAUGGAUAAUCGGUAUACUGUAAUAAGGAAGGAAGAGAAUGCAACUGCCUCAAAUAAUACUAUCAAAGUUAAAAACAGAAACCGAAAGAAGGCAAAGGAACCAAAGUCUAUUUUAGUCCUGUCUGGUGGAGUUGGUACAGUAACUCGAGAGGAAGACAAUAUAUUUUCAGAAGAAAACACCUUUUUUAUGAAUCCACGUGACCCUUUCAGAAUCCCAGAUGGUCUUAAUGAGCAGGUGGCGAUAUUUGAAGCUUUGUAUAAUACUUUUUCCUCCGGUAGCAGUUACCAGAGAAUUUUGGACAAUUACCCAGACCCAACGUGUGAAAGCUUAUAUGACUAUUUUUCUCAAAUCUUGGAAGAACAUGGCCCCAUGGAAAUUGAUAAUCCACUGUUAGUUGGAGAGUAUGAACACUUUCCUGCAGAGACUCGUAAAAUAGUGGAGGAUGCUGGGGGUCUGAAGUCUUUCCUUCUGGAAUCUCUACGUUUUGUUAUGAUUGGCGACCUUAUUGGCUUGAUGAAACAUUCGGUGAUGCUGAAGGAAAAUGCGGAUGUCACUGGAGCUGCAGAAAGGACUAAAAAUGAAGAAACUUCUUCGGCAAGCCUUCAUAGUCAAGAAAACAGCAAACCACGUUUAAACCCAGCUGCUAAGGAGUUCCAGCCCACCUCAUAUAUUAACAAUCCUUAUGUGUCAGUAUCUACUAAUACUCCAGCCCAUGAUACUCUGGAAUAUAUGACUACCAGCCAUUCCGCUUUUAGUCCAUUCGUUCCCACAUACUCCCUUUCCACUCCGGUAACUGACAUGAUAGCAGCAUCACUGCCUAUGCCAGAUGCCUCUUUGCCUUCAGCUUUACCCCAAAGCCACCCAAUAUUUCUGAAUGAGAUUCAGUCAGAAUAUCAGAAUGAGAGAACGUUGCCAACGAUUCCUGAAAUGCUAGAUAUUUUGGAGCAAUCUAAUUAUAUAUAUCCAGAUGCUUUCCUUCAUAUUGAUCCAGAAGUGACAUCAAGCGAGGAUGGCGAAGAUAUUCUUGUGGCGAAUGAUGAGGUGCAACUGUCAGCAUUGUCUGACAUUUGCUCUUGUGAAAAUAAUCCUGAUAACAUUGAGAAUAAUAGUAAUGAAGCCGGAUGUGACUCUGUUACUAAAAUGGAAACCAAUAAUAAGUCUGUAGCAAGAAACAAACCCCGUUCUAGGAUGAUUGCUAUUCAGGUAGAUCAAGAACAAGCAGACGAGGGAAUCAAUACUUUGCCUUUUCAUCCAUAUGAAACCCAACAAGGAGAUAUGUUACGUAUGGAAAAAGAACACCAGGUUCUACAAGAGCAGCUUAAAGAAGCAGGUGAAAAAUAUGAGCAGCUUAAAUAUCGAAGCUCUGAAGAAAUCAAUGUAUUAGAAGCUGAGAUUUUACAACUUGUUCAAGAAAACAAGCUCACUAGAAAAGAGCUGGAUUGGUUGCACCAGGAUGCAGAAACAGAAAUGAAAAGAUGGCAACAGGAGAAGAAGGAAAAUCAAGAAGGAUUAAAAGUUGGAAAGAAUAAAAUAAGGAAGCUGACAGAAACCAAUGAAGGGUACAUGAGAAACAUUGAGGAGAAGGAUAAGCAGUACAAACUACAUUUGGAUGAAUUCAUUGAGAUCAGUAAUAAAUUUGAAAAUGAAAAAGUAAAAAGGGAGGAGCUUAUAAAGAAAAGACGGGAGAACCACCAGGAGUGUGUUGCACGAGCUAUCGCAGCUGAGGUUUCUGUGCUUGAAAACUGGAAGGACACCGAAUUAUAUAAAUUAGGCAAAAUAGCAACAGAUGCGGAAACUUAUCUUAAGUAUCUGAAGUUUAUGACAAGCCACUCUUCAGUACCCCAGUUGAAGUUACAAAUUAAUUCUUGGGAGUCCUUUAUUUCUAAUACCAAAGACGAAAUUAUGAAAGCAGAGAGGCAGUUUGACGAGAGAAUUUACAUGGUGAAAAAUGGUACCUUUCUAGAUAGUAUCUCCAAAGUGGAAAUUGCAGAACUUCAACCUCCAAGUGUCCUCUCAUCCGUAACACAUGAGAGGCCUCCUAUUAAUGAUCCAGCCAUUGUAAUGUAUUCAGCUGCAGCUCCACACCUGCCCUCUAAUUUGUUUGCUACCUUUUCAAGUUCUGACGAUGAUAAUCCUCUGCACUCCAUAGUUAACAAGCAUAUGGGAAAUAAAAUAUCCAAGAAAGAUUCUAAGUACUCUCUUGCAAAUAAAGGCUUGGAAGAAGUGCCUCCUGACUGCAGAGAUAUGGCACUUUCUGAUUACAUAUGCCUACCCCAGUCACCAGGAAUCUCUAGAAGAUCUAUCCAGGACACCCAGCUGCAACACAGCAGCCAAGAAGAACCAGCAGCAGCAGCUGCAGGGCUGGACCAUGCUAAUGCUAUAAGUAGGCCAGCGCUGCCACAACUAUAUGAAGACGUCAUUGAUCAACUCAUAAUUAUAUUUCCUCACCUUACAAGAUCAGACAUUGGAAAUUUCAUCGAAGAAGUCCAAGUCAAGAAUAGAAACAAAUGGAGCACAGCUGAACUCCUAAACAGGGUAACAGAAUCUAUUUUGGAUCGUCCAAGCAAGAAAAAGGUUCUCCCUUCUUCGGGGAAAAUAGAAGCAGCAUCUUCCACCACUUCUGGAGGGAGCAGAAAUCAGACUCAAAAAUUGCUGAAGGCACCAGGACGAAGCGUGUCUAACCUCUCCAAGUCAAAACUUGCUAAUGAAAAAUCAAAGAAGACGACUCUCCCACCUCCAUCAAGUCACACGCCUUGGAAAACUGUUGGAGAAACAUCAAAAUCAAAGUGGAAGAAAUCAAGUGAUGCUGCUGAUAAUGAUCCCUGUGUAAUAUGUCACGAUGAACUAACUACCGAAAUGUUGCAUGUGCUAGACUGUGGACACAGAUUUCACAAAGUGUGUAUUGGUCCAUGGAUUAAGGAGCACAGCACAUGCCCGACCUGUCGCCGUCAUGUUUUGUUACCUGAAGAUUAUCCUGAGCUUCCUGGCCGAAACAGAGCCACUUAGAUGCUACAUACAGAUUAGCAAGAAUAUGUGAUUCACAUCAUACAGAAUCAUGAUGAUAAAGGUGUGUGGAGUCAUCAGUUUAUAGAGUAUCGUAUGUUACAUACAAUAAACAAUUCCUCUGAAAUACUUUUAAGCAACGAUGCAGUUAGAAAUUCUGCUAUUUUAUUCAAUUGUUUCUAUUGUAUUGGCAGUAGUAAUCUAGUUCAUAGACAUGAGCAAUGAAUACCUUGGUUGCAUUGCAGCAAAACAAAGUUAGCAGCCUUCAAAAUUUGCCUAACAAAGGUUUAUCCCCUUAACACAUGAAUAUAUAUAUAUUUAAGGAGGAGGUAUCUGUUUCUGUUUCUAGCUUCUGUGGAUCCAAAUGUUGUGACACUUGUGAAUUCAGGAGGCUGGUUAAGAGUGGGCAGUACUGUUCAGCGAAUUAAAAGCUUGGUACUGGUUCUAAGAGAGGUUUUUUUAAUUUCCAGAUGAGAGAACAGCCUGAAAAUUCCAGGUGUAGACUCAUAAGCACCUUGUUUUUUUUAGUAUUCAGCGCUUUCAAAAACAAGUUAGUAAUCUGCCCUUCAAAAAUAAUUCUUGGCUAAUAUUUGGCUUCAAAGAUAAACUAAAAUUUGGAAUACUGAAUCCAAAGAACCAUGUUUGAAAGAUGCCUAGACAUGCUUGUGGAAGAGAAAGCAGACAAACUUGUGUAACACUUUGUGAGAGAGGCUGACCCUGUAACAGUCCUCAUCUUCCUGCUUGUGAAAAAGAAAGAUCAGCUCUGAAUUUAGUUUAUUUUCUCAUAUUACAUUCUAGCAUUUGCAAACCACCUGUGAGUAGGUUUCCUUAAAAUUUGCAUAUAAAGUCCAUAAUAGUUUCCUUCAAAGUGAGCAAAUAAACUAGCUUGUUUGGUUGUUGUAAGGAAUUAGCUUUAGAUUUUUUUAAAAAAAUAGCCACACUUAUUUUAUAUCGGUAUAGCCUCACUGUUCUUAAUUAGCCACAAAUAAAUCCAUGUGAAUACCAAAGCUUUUAAAAUUAAGGUUGCGUAUUAACUAUUUUAAAUUACAUCAGGAACUGUCUUCCCACAUUUCCAAAUUAAAUGUCUGGGUACAAAAUAUAAAACAAUGACUUUGCUCUACUCAACCGCGGAGAAAGCUCCUCAUGAAGCAGGAAUUCACCAUUUUCCUCUCCCCUCUCUUGGCAAAUAAAUGCCAAAUUGUUGCAGAAAAGCAACUCUCGUCAAGGAAUGCAAGCCCUUGGCCACAGUUUUGGGUUAUUUAGAUGAAUAAUGGGCUGCCUUUACUGAUAAUCAAAUAUUAAGAGGCAUUUGUACUGACAAGAUGCUUGUAAGUUGAUUGCUGAAAAUGCCCUGUAAUUUAACAAAAAGGCUGUUUGGGAAUUCCAACCCUAAACCAUGGAUCUCUUUUUUGUCACUCCUUCCAAUUCAAAAUGUUGCAUUUAAAUGUUUGAUUCAUAAUUGGAGACCUUCUAUAUGUUGUCUAGAUGCUGAGUAUUUGCUCAUUUUACCUGCAUUCAGAAUACAGUACUGAAAUAGCUGCAUACUUUCAAAGCAAAACUUUGUAAUCACAUUUAUCACAGCCUCUGAACCAAUAAAAAUGAACAAUAUCAA